GAUACGCAAAUGGAGAACGAGUGAAGUGAUAAUCUAUGGUUUUAGUUCGUAAUUCCGCUUUUAGUUUUAACCGUGGCCCUAACGUCUUUGUAUCGUCUAUUAUGCCUACAAAAUAUUUACAUUAUUUUUUUAAUAACAUAUACUAAGAUUUCUAGUAUAGGUUUGCUGUAAUGUUCUGUUUUCAUUUAACCUUUUUGAUGAAAGAUUUUUAGUAAAUAUUAUCAAGCCAUGUUAAUACUGGUAACUCAAUUAAUAUUAUAUUUUCAAAUUACAGUUAGUACAAAUUUUGAUCCUUUGGGAUACCUUCUAUAUUGUCCUUGUAUGGGAAGGUUUGGCAAUCAAGCAGACCAUUUUCUUGGAUCGUUGAGUUUUGCCAAAAUAUUGAACCGGACUCUGGUUUUACCUCCAUGGAUUGAAUAUAGAUAUGGAGAACCUAGAUCCAUACAAGUGCCUUUUGAUGCGUAUAUUAAAGUACAACCACUAGAGAAAUAUCACAAAGUAAUUACAAUGGAGAGGUUCAUGGCAGAAAUUGCCCCAUAUGAAUGGCCUUUAAAUGAGAGAAUUGCUUUUUGUUAUAUGGAGAGAGGGGAAUCUGGUGGUUGUAAUGCUAAGGAAGGCAAUCCAUUUGGUCCAUUUUGGGAUACAUUUGAUAUAGACUUUGUUAAUUCAGAAUUUUAUGGUCCCCUACAUUAUGACCUUCAUGAUAAUGAAAUGUCUAAGAAAUGGUCCCUUAAGUAUCCUCCACAGCAAUGGCCUGUCAUGGCUUUUACAGGUGCACCGGCUAGCUUUCCAGUAUCAGCUGAAAAUAGGCACUUGCAUAAAUAUCUAAUUUGGUCGGAUAACAUUUCUCAACAGGCAGAUCAUUUUAUAAGUCACAAUAUGCCUAAGGGUUCAUUUAUUGGAAUUCAUUUGAGAAAUGGCAAUGAUUGGGUUCGGGCAUGUGAGCAUAUACCUGGAAGUCCAAAUUUAUUCUCUGCACCUCAGUGUCUGGGUUAUAAAAAUGAAAAAGGGAAAGCUACUAUGGAAAUGUGUUUACCUUCUAAGGAAAUCAUUAUAAGACAGCUUAAAAGAUCCAUAAAAAAAAUUAAUAAUGCCGUAAAUAAUGGCAAUGGUAAUGAGGUUAUAAAUUCCAUCUUUGUUUCUUCAGACAGCAAUCAUAUGGUAGAUGAGAUACAAGGCGGACUGAAAAGAAUGAACAUAAAAGUGGUAAAAUUGCACAAAGCUGAUCCACAUGUGGAUCUCUGUAUUUUGGGGAAAGCUAAUCAUUUUAUAGGAAAUUGUAUAUCUUCAUUCAGUGCUUUUGUAAAGAGGGAAAGGGACGCCAAAGGGUUCCCUUCCUCAUUUUGGGCAUUUCCACUUGGAAAAAAUGUAAGUAGGAAAAAUGCCAUUAGGGAUGAAUUUUAAUUUCCAAAGAUCUGCAAAAUUUUGGAGGUGGGAGCACACAUGUAUAAUGGUGGUCUGUGAUGAAAUAAAAUUUAUUUUGGGUCAGUAAUUGGCAGGAGAGCAAUCAUUAAAGUGGAAAAUAUCUGAUCAUACUUCUACAUAAAAGACAAGUUUGUGAAAUUGUUAACAAAACUUAGUGGAUAUUUGGUGUAAGUUUUUAGCAUAUAUGUAGUACACAAGUAAAUACAGAUAGGACUUAUUUUGUUUUGGUGUAAAACAUACUAAUAAAAAAAGCCAAGAAGAACUGAUAGAGAAUGUAAAUAAAAAAAUAAUUCAAAAUUUAGUUAUUUUGUAUACAUUAAAUCGGAGAUGUGCUUUUCAGUUAUAUUUACUUUCAAUGACAAUACAUAAAUUUCGACUUAAAUAUAAUGAUGUAUGCAUUUA